UGAAACGACGACCCAAUCGUGCGUUCCAUCCGGCUACAGGCAUUGGCAAUAACAAGAGCAUCUCCCUUCUUGAUUCCCCUCAUCAUCUUCUUCUUUCUCUUUCUCUUCCUUUUGCGACGACUUCGCUUCGUUGCAGAGCCAUGGAUUAUUCUGCGUACCAACAACAACAGCAGCAGCAGCAGCAACAACAACAACAAGCAUAUUCAUAUGAGUAUGAUCCAUCUCAAAUCCAAGCUUACGAUCAAUCCUAUGCGUAUCAACAACCAUAUUAUCCCUACACUCAACAAUACGCGUAUUAUCCUGAUCCAACUCAAGCUCACCUUCAAUUCCAACCCGAAUCCGCACCGGUUCACCCUCCCGGUGUCAAUCCUGAACCGGCUCCUCAAAGACCCACGCACGCCCCGACUGCGCCAUUUCAAUACAGAGGUAGGGGUGGCAGGGGUGGUAGGUCGUUUAGAGGGGGUGGGCGAGGCCAGUUCAAUCGCGGGAGGGGACGCGGACACUUCCCUGCUAACUCUUCUGCAACUGUCGUAUCUGAUGGUGUAGAUUUGACUUCUGCUGCUGGGGUUACUUUAGUGGUGCAACCUUCGUCAUCAACAUCACCCAAACAAGCUCAAGUGCCUGGCGCACCACCACCACCACCACCACCUAAGGCAUGGUGUGAAAUUUGUAAGGUUGGAUGUAAUACUCUGGAAGUCAUGGAACAACAUAAGAAUGGAAAGAAGCACAAGAAGAAUGUGAAAGCCCGUGAAGAAUUAGAGAGACAGAAGGCAAUAAAUGAACAAAAGAAAGAACAGAUUCAUACAGCUCAGCCUAAGACAGUCAAGGAGUCGGGGAACAAUGGAGGCCCGCCAGAAAAUAUUGGCACUGAAGUUGCAGCUGCUAAUCAAAAUGACGAAGCACAGCUGCAGAAUAACCUUGGAGAGACUUCAGCAGUUUCAGCUGAAGAGCCUGAGGGAAAAUUCAGGGAUAACACUGCUGGACGGGGACGGGGAUUGAAGCGUAAGAUGAGAGGGGGACGAGGAUCUAAAUCAAUGAGGACUGGUGAUGGAUCAAGAAAGCCAGUGCAACCUCAAGCAGCCGAGCAGUUUGUGCCUUUUAAAUGUGAAUUGUGUAAUGUCAAGUGUGAGUCCGAGGUUGUUUACCAGAGUCAUGUGACCGGGAAAAAGCACUUGUCGAAUCUCAAGCGUGCCCAUGGCCCACAAGCUUUGUCCGGAAUACUAGGGCUUCAACAAGCACUUAACCCCCCUGACAUCAAUGCCCUCUCAAAUGCAAUCAAUGCUCAAGUCCAACAAGGUGAUAAUGAUCCGCAAGUCCUUUUGGCUCAGCUUCUGAUGAAUGUAUUAUCUCAAGCACAAGCACAGGCACAAGGACAAACACCAGGAACUGCACCGCAGACUGGUCCCGUGGCUGCUCAGAUGCUGGGUGCAGUGCCCUCUAUUGCUGGAUCCAGUUAUGAACCCCAGCUGUCUCAGACACAAGCCUUGGAAAUUAUGGCACAUGUUAAUGCUCCGGAGGAUUCUAACAUCGGUUCCCAAAAUGCAGGUGGAAAUCGUGAAUUGAAACAGCAGCAUGAGUAUCCCCAGCCUAGUUUAAUUGCGACUUUAUCAGACAACUCAGGGGCAGCAAAUGACCAAAUAGCUUCAGAGUGUGAAGCUUCCACCUCACAGAACCAAGAUAAAUGAUAGAACCACUCUUAUUUUAUUUUCUCUCUCUCCAGUGAAUUUUGCACUUUCUUUGGGUUUAAAUUUCAUUUUAUGUUGUUUGGACUACGUUUCAACCAGAUAUAUAUAUCUAUGAAUGCUGCAUGAAAUUCUCAAAUGAAUGUUAUUGCUACGUUCCUCUAUGUUGCUUGCUGCAA